AACCAUCAGCACCCCCUUCUCACGUGUCAAUCAACCAACAGAUCGCUCACUAGUUGGUAAUGUCUACCUUGUCGAAUUCAUUCGAAGGAAUUGGGGGCCGAGACGUCUUCGCUGGAAACCACUUCUCUGGGCCGACUUCCAUCGCAAUCCAUCAAUCACAAGAUGAAGAGUUACCAGAUCAUAGGAGAUCCAAAAGACGCGGGAUUGACACCGUACAGGAUCAGCCUCAACCGUGUCCCCCGACAGUUUGCCGCUACAUCCCGUUCCUGCGUAACGAAGGCCUAGUACCCCGAGAUGCCCUGACGACCCAGCUCAAUCAACUUCUUCCUAGUACGCCUGGAUACCGAGCCGCCGCUCUCUGGGGCUUAGGUGGAUCCGGAAAAACACAGGUUGCCCUUAAUUACGUUUAUGAACGAUAUCGCGACCCUCUAUGCUCCGUCUUUUGGGUACACGCCGACAGCGAGGCGUCUUUUACGCAAGACUACGAAACGAUCGCGAGAAAGCUUAAACUUGGAAACCAUCUCACUGGGAAAGACUUGCUUCAUGCCGUUUGUGACAACAUCGAGUGCAAUCCAAACUGGGUUCUUGUGCUCGACGAGGUAGAUAACUUGACCUUGUUUGGCGUGGGUCAACUGCAAGAAACCAAUUCGUCCGAGUCUAGACCGAACUUUUAUGAUUUCAUACCGAAAUUGACCACAUCUGGAACCGGGACAGUAUUGUGGACGAGUCGGGAUCAACACAUUGCGGGGAGUCUCGUGCUAGCUCAACAAGCAAUCCAUGUCGUACAGAUGACGGCUGAAGAAGGAAUAUCGCUGUUAAGCACUGUCCGGAACCAGAAAACUGAAGAAGACGAAAUUGCCAACGUAAGAGAGCUACUAUCCGAGCUAGACCACCUCCCAUUGGCCAUCUCCCAAGCAGCAGCAUACAUACGAAGAACGUCAACACCAGUUGGAGAUUAUCUUGCAGAUAUCCGGGGACGGGUGAAGAAGAGGUGGAAGAUACUAGGCAGAUCAGAAUACGAUCAACACCGACGGGAACAUGGAUCAAACAGUUUCCUGGAGACUUGGAGCAUCUCGAUCGAGUAUUUACGAAGGGAGAAUGGGCUGAUUUACGAUAUUAUGCACUGUUUGGCUUUUGUUGAUAAUCAGAACAUCCCUUACGAGCUCAUCAGUGAAAUAGCCCGGAUAUCAACCCAGUUCAGCGGAGUCGAAGGAAACGAUAAGGACAGCGAAGAUUCUUCAGACGAUGAGAGCAGUGAGCAUAGUUCAGACGAACUCGAUGUUAGAGACGCCAUUGCCCGGCUCUGCGAAUUUGAAUUUCUCAAAAUUCGGCCUUCUCUCCCUGGGGUUCGAGUAAGGGUCUACGACAUGCACAAGCUAGUCCAGGAAGCUGCCCGAUAUCUCCUGAAAAGGAAAAAAGACCGGGCCAAAGAUGAAGCCUACUUUGCAAAGACGGCGUUUAAGAUCACGGACAAUCUUUUUCCGGUCUACCGAAGUGAUGAUUGGGACCGAUGCGAGCAGUAUCAGGCACAUGCACAACAGGCUGGCAUGUGGGCAGAGCUGCAUGAUGGUCAACUGGAAGUGGUAUCAUUGUUGAAAAGAGUGAGCGACUAUUUAGUAACACGAGGCAGAGAUAGAGAGGCAGAGGUGAUACUCAACAAGGCUCUCAUUCUCUGUCAAAAGACACUAGGAGACAGACAUGAGCGAACAUUACUGGCCAUGAUACAACUCGGCCAUCUGCAAACUAGGCAUGAGAAUCUUGCAAUUGUUGAAAAGCUCUUCUUGUGUGCAAGACAAAGGGGCGAGGAGGCCCUAGGUGCAAACCAUCAUAUCACACUGGUGGCCAUAAUCUUUCAUGCUGAUGCCUUUAUACUCUCCGUGUACAAGGAGAAAUGGCAGGCGGCUGAGGUGAUGCUGCAACACAUCUUAACCGUGGUAGGGGCGAGUUUUGACAUAGAGAAUCCAACGACAGUCGAAAACAUGUUCCGCCUUGCUAAAGCCAUAAUAGAUAAAGAGAAGCAUGGAGACACUGUCAAUAUUUGGCGGACACGAUGUGGCCCUGUACUGCACACUAUUCAACUAACAGGCAAAGCACUUCUGGUUCAAAAGAAAUACAAAGAGGCUGAAGAUAUAUUUCAGCCGCUACUAGCUCUAUGCCAAGAAAUGCUGGGCAUGGUGCACUCUUUUUCAUCAAGUGUUGUACGUGGCCUUGGUAUGGCACUUUCGGGUCAAAAGAAGUUCAAGGAGGCUGAAGAACUAUACUCGAUACACCUGACUGUAUCCGAAGAAGCGUUCGGCGGGAAGGAUCGGCGUACAAUGAAUGCUAGGUACAACCUUGGUCUGGUGCUUGACCAGCAAGAAAAGUUCAAAGAGGCCGAAGACAUGUUCCGACAGGUGGUAGGACUGCUAACAGAAGCACUAGGCAGAAACCACCCCCAUACACUCGAAAGCGUGAGAGUACUUGCUUGUGUGCUUUGGAAGCAAAGGAAAUACAAAGAGGCCGAAGAUAUGUUCCGACAGGUGGUAGGACUGCAAACAGAAGUACUCGGCAGAAACCAUCCCGAUACACUCCAAAGCGUAAAAGAACUUGCUUGGGUGCUUUGGAAGCAAGGGAAAUAUGAAGAGGCUGAAGAAUUAGCCCGGGAUUAUCCACAGCAAGAUCAAAGAGACUCAUGUUAGAGAGUGACAUUGAUUGCCACCCUUGAUUAGGCUGUCAGUCGUAUAUCGUUACAGAACUAUUGCUAUGAGACAAUGAAGGCUGAUAUGGCUACGGUGAUGCAAUCAAGUUGUGAUAAGUGCAAAUGAGUAAUAGGCUAGUGGUUUAUGACUGAGAAA